AUGAAGCACUGUCAUCACAACUGGUCGAACAUCAUAAUGGGCAAUGUGCAGGCUUCAUCCCUCACCGAUGAGCAGCGAAAGAGAAACAUCAAGAUGAUGGACAAGCAGAUGAAUCAGGAAACCGGCAAGACUAUGCUCUCUAAACUAUUAAGUGGAGGCCUCUUCGACUCGAAAUAUGCUCCUUCAAAAUCGGACGCACCUGAAGUGGUGAAGGUGCAAUGGGCGGCAGAUGCAGGGCAGGAUGUACAACUUACAAUGGUUGUCGUACCUGAAGCAGACACGAGGAAAACCGACGAUGAUCAGAAUAACAGUCUCAAAAUAUCUCAUGAAGAAAAAAAGCGAUUUUCUUCGAAGAAAACAACCAAAGCGAGCAACACAGCUUUAUCGGAGCUUUAUGGAGAUGCCGAUGGGGUUAUCGUUAUGGAAUGGACUUUUUCACAUGCGAAGGAUAUCAUCGAAGAGAUUCCCGAAGCUGUUGAAGCAUUCUUGCAAAUAUGUUUAUAUCACAUUAAGAUUGAAGAAUACCGGCAAGAAGUAAAAAAGACUAUGAAGGAAGUAGAUGGAGCAAUCAAACUGCGCCACAAAGCUUCUCACAACCAGGAUUACACUGAGUUUCUCGCUCUGUCAUUUGCGGCAUCUUCAAGCGUUGACCACUCGCGACCUGAAGACGAAGGAGGACCUGCUGGCGUUGAAGCAAUUAGUCAGAGUGAAAAGACGAUCCCUCACGACAGCCUUGCAUCUCAGCCGAAACCGACGGCCGGACUCAAGUUUUCAGUCCCUUCCUCAUGGGUUGAAGAGACAAAAUCAAGUAUCAAUCAGACACUAGAGGAUGAGCAGCGUCUAUCCAUGCCUCCGCCCGACACCAAGCAAAAAGAGGAAGAAGCUCCUCGAAAGCACAAAGAUAGCCACAAUUCUGGGACGAAACAUGACAAGAAGAAAAAACCGAUUCAACAGAAAGAGCCUGAAGUGAAUGAGCUUGGCAUUGUCGAUGAUCUCUCUGGAUUUUACUCUGAUGAAGAAGAUGCCGAGGUCUCUAAAAGAAGCAAGAGCGCCAAAAAAUCUCAGAAAACCAUGGUGGCAGAAUGGUCGGGAGACGACAGUGAUGCCGAUGAUUUUCGAGGUAGAAAGAAGGAAUCGGCGCCUAUCACUCCCUCAUCUGGAGGAAGCGAAGGAGGAGCAGACUUCAUGGAAUUGGACAGAAAGAAGGAUAAGAAAGACAAAAAGGCAAAGAAAGAGAAAAAGGCGAAAAAGGAGAAGAGAAAAGAAUGA